UCUCAGGAAAGCAUCUGGAGCUCAGUGUGGUUCAGAGCUGUGCCUCUCUGUCUCUGACAUGUCAGGAUCUGACAGUCCAAACAGCACCAGUGUGCCUCCGGUCCUGGACUAUGAAUGGAGAUAUGAAUACUAUGACGAGGAGGAGCCGGUGUCUUUUGAAGGACUGAGGGCACACCGCUACUCUAUAGUGAUCGGCUUCUGGGUCGGCCUGGCUGUCUUUGUCAUCUUUAUGUUCUUUCUGCUCACUCUUCUGACCAAGACUGGAGCUCCACAUCCCGAUGGACAGCCAUGUGAGAAACGUCCUCGUCUGAUUGGCUACAUGGAUACCAACCUGGACAAAGGAGCCCCUCCCUUCCACCCUUGUGGUCUGGACUCGUCUCGUUCUCUCUUCCAGUGCUAUGUGUCCAAGGACGUUCAGGGGAGCUGCACGGCCCUGUGGACCACACCUGGAGGUGUAGGUGGAGGAGCAUCAGGAGGACACAUGAGGCCCAGCAGCAGCCAGGAAGAAGAAGAAGAGGAGGAUGAGGAGGAGGAGGAGGUGGACACUACACUCCUGCAGGAACUAGCAGUGACGGCUAACAGGAUGGAGAAUGAACCCAUCCUGCUGGCUCACUUCAACAUCCCUAACUUUGUGAACUCAGAGCAGAGUUUGACAAUAGGAGAGGACGACCUGCUGCUGAGAGAGAGGGAUCAGAGAGGCAUGAUCAGGAAGCACGAAGACAACGAUGACUUCACCUGA